AUGGCCUCUACCGCAGUCAAUGGGACCUCCAACGGGCUAUCAAACGGCUUCCACCAGGAUCUCAAGGUCGGCUACAUUGGCUUGGGCCACGCUGGAUGGCCGAUCGCUACGAAUCUCCCACGCAGGGGUUUCUCUCUGGUCGUCAGCGACGCGAAUUUUGAGCGCGCAAAGGAAUUUGCGGACCAGUUUCACUGCAAGGCAGUUCCUCCAGGGAGUGGUGAGGGAUUCCAAGAUGUGGACGUGCUGAUCACGAUGCUCCCUAAUGGUAAUAUCGUCAGAGACGUCUUACUGGGGAGCACAGGAAUCGCUGCGUCUUUGAAGAAGGGUUGCAUCGUGAUAGAUAUGUCUUCCGCAGAUCCAUUUAACUCCAUUAAGCUGGCCAAAGAUCUUGAAGUCUUUGGCUUGGAUUUCAUCGACUCGCCUAUCACCCAGCGAAAACUCCACGACACCGACGUCGGAAAGAUCACCAUCAUGAUUGGGGCCAAGGAUAACGACGUCGUGACCAGGGUGAAGCCGGUACUCGAGGCCGUCGCGAAGUACCACUUCGUCAUGGGUGGAAUUGGCUCGGGCCACGCAAUGAAAACGAUGAAUAACUACAUUAUGGCCUCGUCUAUCUGCGCGUUGGCUGAUUCGUUCGUCGUCGGCACCAAGUUCGGCCUGGACCCGGCCACCAUGUUGGAUGUGCUUAAUGUGGGAACAGGCCGAGUCUUCGCAUCGGAAAACACCAUGAGGGACGAAGGCCUCACCAGGAGAUAUCAGUCGGGAUUCCAACUUGCGCUGCUGGUCAAAGACCUCGGGAUCAACAAGAACCUCGCGGAACAGAUGGGUUUCUCCACGCCUUUGCCGGCCCUGGUGCAUGAGAGGCUGGGAAAAGCGCUAAAGGAAGUCGAGCCUGACGCCUGCCACGCCAAAUGUCUGCGUGCUUGGGAGAAAUGGGCAGACGUGACGUUGAAACAGAGCCCUAUUCCCACGACACCGGCAAUUCCGGAGGACUGA